CGUCAUUAAUUGUUAGACUUCUUAUCGAAGUCAUUCGACUUCUGAACAGGCUGACUGAUAGUUCGAAUCAAAAUGUUCCUGAGAAGUGUGUUUUUUGCAAUUUUCUUCCAAAUUUUUUCGUGCACACUCUCCACUGAUGAACUCGUUGGGACGGUUAUUGUUUUCAGGCAUGGAGCGAGAGUUCCUAGACUAUUUCAUCCUAAUGAUCCAUAUCAAAAUAUGUCAUUUUGGCCGGUACCAAUAGGAGAGUUGACAGAGGAAGGUAAACAGCAGGCGUAUGAACUAGGCCAGUGGGCUCGUCAGAACUAUGCAGGUUUUCUGCCCGAAAAAUACGCUUCGAAAGAUUUCUUCGUCUACUCAUCUGGUAUAGGCAGAACUUUGAUGUCGGCAUCUUUAUUUGCUGCUGGUCUCUAUCCAUCUAUAUCUACCAGCAACCUUCCAUUUCAACCCAUACCAAUUCACUCCAAACCACCACAAAUGGAUAACACGAUUCUGUCUGACCAACCAUGUCCAAGACGAGAGUACAUUUUGGAGAAUAUAUUGAACUCGACGUAUUUUAAAAAAAUCGAUGAAGACAACAAAGAAGUUUACAAAUAUCUGUCAGACCACAUGGGCAUGUCCAUCACAUCAUUCAAGGGGUUAAACGCCUACUACGAUACUUUCUUCAUCGAAAAACACAACAACUUGACGUUGCCAGAAUGGACAAAAAAAGUAUAUCCUGAGAAAUUGCGAGAAUUAGCCAUCUACAAUCUUGUAUUUCGAACAUAUAACACAGAUUCCUCUCGAUUAAGAAUUGGUUCUAUGUACAGUGAGAUACUGGCUUACCUAACAUCUUUCACUGGUAAACCAAACGAAUUCAAAUCCGAUUUUGGGAGAGGUAAAAAAGGUAGAAAAAUGAUGGCAAUAUCGGGACAUGACAUCAACAUUGCUGACCUUCUGGGAGUUCUCAAAUUUCCUUUAGACUUUUGGCCAUCUUACAGUUCGACUGUAAUCUUCGAACUGAAGAAGAGGAACAAUGAUGACUUUUAUGUCAGUGUGUUUUAUAAGAAUACCACAGGUAUAACCAAUGUAAACAUAAAAGGGUGUGGAUCAAAAUGUGAAUUGAGCAAAUUCAUACAAUAUGUGGAACCCAUAGUAAUGGAUCCUAAAGACUGGAAACACCAAUGUGUUCUUGAUAAAAAAUAUGUUUAUCAUAUUGAAGAUGAGCCAAAAAUAAGUAGAUAUAUUUAAAUAAAUUGAAUAUAUGAGAAUA